UUGUGCAUUCCACCUUGUGUGACUUGAAUCGUGGGCAAGUAAAAUUCCAUGGAGGCGGGUCAAAAACGAACAAUUCGAUCCCCUCGAGAGAAAAAUCUAUAUAAAGCCCAUCUUACGCAGUUUCCAACAUAUUCAGCAAGGAAGGCAAUAGAUAGUGGGAGCAAAUAGACUAAAGUUUCAGAAACUGCUAGAUUUAGAUUGCUGGUCCUAUAAGCCAAGUGGAUGGUGAUGGAAGGAUUCAUACUAUCCAAGAGGCAAUGUACUUUGCUCUCUAAAAGUUACUGCACAACAGCCCUUACCGGGAAGAUGGGACCUUCUAUUAGAGAACGCUGGUGUUUCUGCAAUGCAUAUGACACUUCUACACACCAAUAAAGUGCUCAUCUUCGACCAGACGCUCGCGGGUCCCUCACAGAUCAGCAGAACUGACCCAAUCUGCAGUAGCAAAACACCAGCUUCGGGCGAGGAUUGUUGGGCGCACUCAAUCGAAUACGAUAUUGCCACCAACAAGGUGAAGCCUCUGCACGUCAUCACAGACACAUUUUGUUCCUCCGGCUCCUUUGCCAGCAAUGGAACGCUGGUGCAGACUGGCGGAUGGAGCAACGGCGACAGAGUGACCCGUUUCUUCACGCCUUGCUCAGAUUCCUCCUGCGACUGGGUCGAAUCUCCCACAUUGCUGUCCUCCAGAAGAUGGUAUGCUUCGAAUCAGAUAUUGCCUGAUGACCGUAUCAUCAUCGUGGGAGGGCGUAGAUCGUUUAAUUACGAAUUUGUCCCGAAGAGACCGGGCGAGGGGUCCUUCCAGCUCCCGUUUCUGGCAAAGACCGAUACUGUCGACGAGGAGAACAACUUGUACCCAUUCACACAUUUGUCUUCAGACGGCAAUCUCUUCAUCUUCGCCAACAAGGAUUCAAUCCUCCUCGACUACAAAAAGGACCAGGUGAUCAGAACUUUCCCCACCAUGCCCGGCGGUGGUGCCCGGAACUACCCUUCAUCGGGUUCCUCCGUCAUGCUCCCGCUUGACUCAGCUAACAAUUUCCAGAGGGUGGAGAUUCUCAUCUGCGGAGGAGCGCCCGACGGAGCCUUCAAAAAAGCCACAUUUAACCAGACAUUCUUGGAGGCGCUCAAGAGUUGUGGGAGAAUCGAGAUCACAGCGUCAAAUCCAGUGUGGCAAAUGGAGGACAUGCCCGGGCCGAGGGUGAUGAACGACAUGCUCAUUCUCCCCACAGGCGAAGUCCUCAUAAUCAACGGUGCCAGGCAAGGAACCGCCGGCUGGCAAUCUGCGAGAGAGCCUGCGCUAAGCCCGUUUCUCUACAGACCAGCAGCAGCCAUGGGAGAUCGAUUCCGGGUCCUGGCUCCCACAGAAAUACCGAGAAUGUACCACUCUACUGCAAAUGUUCUUCCAGAUGGACGAGUCCUGGUGGGUGGAAGCAACUCCAAUUUUGGAUACCGUUUCUCUGGCGUGCCAUUCCCCACUGAACUUCGACUGGAAGCGUACACUCCUUAUUAUCUGCAUUCGAAUUACGAUCCCAAAAUGGCAGCCAUUACUUUCAUUUCAACAAGGGAGAUCAAGUACGGCUCCAAAUUCAUCGUUCGCUUUUCUCUACCCAGGCGACCCAGCAACAGCAUUCGUUUCCACGCGUACGCCCCUCCCUUCACCACGCACACGUGGUCGAUGAACCAGAGAAUGUUGUCGUUGGCAGCCACAACAGUCGUCAAAGGAAGUGCAGGGUAUUUAGUGGGUUUGACGGCUCCACCAACAGCGGUGGCGGCUCCGUCUGGGUAUUACUUGUUCACCAUUGUGAAUGGAGGUAUUCCGAGCAAGGCCGAAUGGAUUCGCUUCGUUAAUUAACACAGGUGAAAUAUUAUGAAUUCUUCUGGGUGGUUUCUUGUAAUCUUUAUACACUCUAGAUUCUUAGAAAGAUAAAAGCAAAUUCUUUAAUCAUAAAAGCCGGAGUAGCAGAGGAACGAGAAUACUGGUCUACGGGAUUUUAUGUAUAUUCCUAAAAACAGUCGGUGAUUGAAGCAUUUUCCCCGCCCAUCUAAACGGCGACUGUCCCGUGUCUUAAAAAAUAAGGAAUGAGAUUUCCAGAUGUAAAUCCUAUUAAACAUACACAUAUUCCCUAUCCCUGAUUUGCUUCUACAUAGGGCUUGUAUAUUAGUUUUAAAAGCUAGCGACUGUAUCACUAAGAACAUUUUUAGAAAUUAAUUAGAAAUGGUAUUGUAGAUUCUUUUCA